UGUCUGUCUGGUUUAUUUCAGGUGUGUUCGGUACCCCAGGUCAAAGAGGUCGUCCGGGUGUUCCAGGUCUUCCUGGUAAAGCGGGUGCCGAUGGUCCUCCAGGACCGCCAGGCUGCCCGGGACUCAAAGGUCCUCCUGGACCGCUGGGACUUCAUGGACUGGAUGGACUGAAAGGAGUGAAGGGGGACAGGGGGACCAGAGGUCUGGGUAUGCCGGGUCCUCCAGGUUGUUAUGGUCUUCCAGGAGAUAAGGGUCCUCCGGGUCCUCCAGGACACAAAGGCCCAUCCCAGCCUGGCCCACCAGGACCCAAAGGCCCCCUAGGACCCAAAGGACCUCCAGGUGCUUGUGGGCCUCCAGGUGAACCUGGACCAGACUGUAAAGGACUGCUCCCAGGGCCUUGUGGAGAUCCUGGUUGUCCUGGACCAGACGGAGAUCCAGGGUGUCCUGGUGAAAUAGGGGAACCUGGUAUAAACGCUCCAGUAUGUGGAGAUGAUGGGGACAACGGGUACCCAGGGUGCCCGGGGACACCGGGCACAAAGGGACCUCCGGGGUGCCCAGGACCCCCAGGUAACCCCGGAAAUCCAGGAGAGAAAGGUGUGCGAGGUUCUACAGGUCUGAUGGGACUACCUGGCCAUCCGGGUCCUAAAGGUUGUAACGGCCCCAAUGGACCUCCAGGACCAAGGGGAUCUCCUGGACCGAUUGGUCCAAAGGGGGAGAUGGGCGGAGUCCUCCCCUGCCCCACAUACCCACCUACCCAGCUGGGCCCCCCAGGACCCCCUGGCCCCUGCGGUCCUCCUGGAUUUCCCGGUCUUCCGGGAGAAACUGGCCAAAAGGGGUCCAAAGGCUUAAAGGGAGACACUGGGUCUGUGGGACAGAUAGGGUCCGUGGGGCCCCCAGGUCCAGAUGGAAGCAGAGGACAGAAAGGCCUGCCGGGGGAGAUUGGAAUAGUGGGAAGCAAAGGUGAUCGUGGUCCAGUCGGUGACUGUGGUUCCCCCGCUACAUGCAGAACCGCAAACUCUGGCUUCCUGUUGGUGAUGCACAGCCAAUCAACGGAAGUCCCGCCAUGUCCAGCUGGCAUGAACGCCCUGUGGGAAGGAUACAGUCUGCUGUACCUGGAGGGUCAGGAGAGGGCUCACACGCAGGACCUGG